AUGGUUGUAUUUGGGUCAUUUGGCAAAAAGGAAACUAUGGAAUCAACUGAGUUCUAUGAAAAGUAUGGUGAUAUUAUGCCUUGUUUGAUAGGAGGGGACUUCAAUGUCAUUUUAAAAGCUGAGGAAAGUUCGGUUCCUGUUACUGCUGGAGCAAAUGCUGAUAUUUCUGAUUUUCAAAACUGUGUGGAGGAGUUGGGGCUUUUCGAUCAUCUUUUUACUGGUCCUCUAUUUACUUGGUCGAACAAACUGCAAGAAACUUACCUGGCACGUAAAUUGGACCGCGUACUUGUAAAUUCGAAAUGGAUCGACACAUUUCCUGACUCAGAUGUUGAAUUUCAAGCUCCAGGUGAAAUGGAUCAUUGCCCUGCUUUAGUUUGGCUGCACAAAGAAGCUCCUGUAGUUAGACCUAAGCCAUUUAAGUUCUUCAUUUUUUGGGUGAUGCAUCCUAAAUUUAUGAAUAUAGUUGAGGAGUCUUGGCAGGCCCUGGCUGUAGGGAAUCCAGCUCAGUUGACCAAUUUGGAUUCCGAUAUUGCUGGCAACAAUAUUAAUGCUGAGUUGAAAGUUAAGUGGGAAUUGGAAGUUCUUGAGAAGGUAGAAUUGCUUUUCUAUAAGCAAAAGGCAAAAGUGAACUGGAUUAGAGAUGGUGUGGCUGACUUGGAUGUGAAGGGUUGUAAUGUCAGAAUGAUUAAAGAUCUUCUUGAUUACUCCUUUCCUAUGGGUGCUACAUAUGCUUUAUGCAUGGAAAUCUCUGAUGCUGAGAUAAAGGAAGCCAUAUGGGAGCAAGGGAAUGACAAAUCCCCUGGGUCGGAUGGCUAUAAUCCUUACUUUUUCGAAAGAGAUUGGCCUAUAGUGGGGGAUGAUUUUAAGGCUGCCAUCAGGUACUGUUUUGAUAACUCUUUUUUACUCAAUUCUUUAAAUGCAACGACUAUAGUUCUUGCGCCAAUGGUGCCUAACCCGAGUAUGACUUCUUUUGUGAAAGGGAGGAGUAUAGUAGAUAAUGCACUACUUGCUCAAGAGAUUGUUAGAGGUUGCACUAGGAAAAAUAUAUCCCCAAGAUGUGCUCUAAAAAUUGAUUUACAAAAAGCAUUUGACUCUCUAAACUGGGAGUUUGUAGGUUUUAUCUUGCAUGCUUUGGGACUGUCUGAGAAGUUCAUUGGCUGGAUUUGGAAGGGGUCUGACUUGCCUGCAAAGGGUGCUCGGGUAAACUGUAGACAGGUUUGUUUAGUGAAAUCUGAAGGGGGACUGGGUGUAAAAGAUAUAGGAGGAUGGGAAAGAGCAUGUAUUGUGCAAUUGAUUAGAAACUUAUUGGCUAAUGAAGGUUCCCUCUGGGUGGCUUGGAUUCGUACUUAUGUGACUAGGAAUGCUGAGUUUUGGCAGAUGAGUAUCCCUAUUAAUGCCAGUUGA